AAAAAAAGCUGGGUGGCCUAGCCAAGACAUUCUACCGACACAGAGUUUUCACAUACUUAUACAUGCUCGCAGCUGGACGACCAACGAUGCUGCUAGCGCGCCGCACAGCUCUCACCGCGACCCGCGCCGGCCGCCGUACCCUCUCCACAGCGCAACAAACCACGACAGAAAGGUACCCGGUCCUCUGGCAGGCCGCCGCGCUCUACUGCGGCGGCGGCCUGGCGGUGAGCGCCUAUCAACUCUUGAAUGCGGACUGCCGCGAGGCAAUCGAGAAAGCACACACCGACGCGUGGGGCGCGCGCAGACGCCUGGAGGGCUUCGACGAGGUGCUCGAGUGGCUCGAGUGGUCCGAGGCGGGCGUCGGCUGCGACGUGGCGCCGAAGUUGGUGCGGCAGGGCGCGCUGGCCGCGGCCGUCGACGGCCUGCUGUCCGACGAUCUGGACGUGAGGUGCGCCGCGGCGGCGACUUUGGCGGGCCUCACGCGCGACGACGAGCUCGCGCGACGGUGCUGUUCCACUGAUGACGCGCGGGCGGCGCUCGUCGAGGCCCUGGAGCGCUGCGAGGUCAAGGCGCGGACGCCGCGCCUCGACGUCGACCUCGGCAACGCCCAGAUCGCCGACGCCGAGGCCUGGGCCGACGCGCGCGCCCACGAGGCGACGCUGCUCUUGGUUGCAGCGAACCUGGCGCCCUCGUGGCCGGCUAACGACCGGGCGCAGCUCGCGAAAGUACUCGUCGCGGUCCUCGACGCGACGCGGCGCCGGAGCGCGGGCCUGGAUAAAGCAAGGGAGCAGUACCUCGACCAGGCCGACGCCCAGCCGCGGGUCGCGAAGCUCGCCGUCGCCCUCCACGACUCGGCGCUGCGCGAGGCCCUGCGCGAGGUCGAGGCCGCCGGCGCGCUCCUCGCGCACGCGCUGGCCGCGGCGACGGACGCCGAGGAGCGGUUGUUAGAUAUUGUCCGUGCUAACGCGCCGGACGCUGUCGCUCACGUAAAACGCGUCGAUUUGGCCGGCGGCGGCCGCGGCGAGGCGCGGCUGCCCGAAUUGAUGGCUGCGCUCGCGUGGUCCGAGGACGCCGAGGCGGCGCUCCACGCGAACUUCGCGGCGCAUCUAUUGCACGCGUCGGACGAUCUCCCGGAGCCGGACCUCGGCGUCGCGUCGGGCCUCGACGCGCGCCAGGCCGAUUUAUUACAUCGCUGCCUCGACGCGCUCGAGCCGGAGCCUUUGCUCUUAGCCUCGGGCUGGGGCGUCGCGCGAAGGUGGUACCGCCACGCGACGUCGCCCUACGCCUUCUUCCCCGCGGCGCACCAGCGGUCGCUGCGGCCGUUGCCGCAGGCCCUCGUCCGGAGCGCUCUAUCAACAGCGCUCGGCGCGGCGCUUCUCACAUCACUCUACGGCGCGCGCGGCUGCCGCUACGAGCUGCGGCGGGGCUACCUCGCCGAGUCCGACGCGCACCAGGUCGCCUUCAGCGCGGCGCUCGUGUCGCUGGACCUGGCCGUCGUGCUGGCGACGCUGCGGCGCGCGCCGUUCGCGGCGUUUCCGUUCGUCGUGUGGAACGUGCUGAGCUGACUUGUGUAGUAAGGCUAGC